CAACAUCCUCUCUCUCUCUCUCUCUUUUUUCCCCUUCCUCAUCUUUUUAAAACCUCUUUCAAGACCAAAGAAAAAAGAAACCAUGCUGGCCACCAAGGUCUUUCAGCCCAUCUUCCUCGUCGUUGCUGCCCUGUUCUUGUUCAAUACCAUCGAGGCCGCGCCUAAAAAAACCAAGGAAUGUAUUCAGUGCUUUGCUCCUCCAAUGUGUCCUCCCUGUAGCUGCGGUUACGAGUGCGUGAUCAUCCCACCUUCGUGUCAUGAUUGCGGCGAGGGCUUCUGUAGAAAGCUUUAAUCGACUUUCAAUACUUUUUUUUUGUCUGCUUGUUUCGUCUGGAAGGAUGGAACUUUGGGGAAAUACCAAAAUCACACAGCAAUCAUGACAACGCGUACCAAAAAACCCACACUCUGAGAACAAAAUAAAAAAAAUAAAAACGUCUUCGAAAAGGCUGC